AUGUCAUCACCCAAAAGAAGUCCGACCCAGAAGAUGAAGCGGCCUAUUUAUAUACAAAAAGGGCCACUUGAGGUGCCUUCUCCAUCGGAGAAGGAUUGGUCUAAGGAUGAUGAAGAGGAUUAUGGCUUCAACGAUCCAGAUAAGGAGCUGGAUUCCCUCCCUGAGCCCUACAGAAUGAUCAACAAGCUGGUCAACCUUCUGUUUGACAGGUCAUGGGAAAUUAUUGAGAAGAGGCAGACAUCAAAACAAGCUGACCUCAGCCAGAUUCAGCCCAGUAUCUACUCCCCAGUUGUAGAGAUCAAGCUCAGCACAAUACCCAACUGUCUAGCUAUUUCCCAAGACUAUAUGUUUGCUGGAGGAGCCAGAGGACUCUUUGUCUAUGAUGUGUACAAUGCUAAACAACUGUGUACUUGGGAGAAGCUUAAAGUCAGUGUCACUUCCAUCUGGGCCACGGACUUAGGGAAUGAAAUACUUAUUACUACUGUGGAUGAAAUCGGUAUCAUUAGACUGUUUUACUUUUAUAAGGAAGUUAUUUUCCUAAUCAAAGCCAUCAACGAAUCGGACGAUGCUAGCAAGCAAACCACCUGUGUAAAGAUGGAGAUCUCCCAUGAAGGGGACUUUGCCGCCUUCCUCCUACAAGGCGCUGGAGAUAUUUGGCUGGAUGUGUAUAAAUUGCCCAAGGAGUCUUGGCUUAAGGAUAUGGAGCAGCCCCCCAACACCAUAAGUCCAAAGAAAAAAUCCAGAGUGCUACAAAUGAAUAAUCCUGAUCCUGUAACUUUAGAUAAUUCAGAAAUGGACGUGAAUACACUUUCUAAAGGAGAUGUUAAAUUGAGCCCUCCAGUUCAUAUAAUGAAGAUUAAGCCUCCCAAGCCAAUUACAGGCACCACAUUUAAAAGCCCCCUGGAAGUCUUUGCGAAGAUAGAAGACUGCUAUGGACUGGGCUCCGGGCAGAACCACUUCAUCAAAGAGAGUCAGUGGGAGCAGCAGGCAGCUAUAUUCAACACUUUGUACAAGAAGCAUCUGGAUGGGGUGUGGGAAGAAGAGCCGCUCAGUGUGGCCACGCUCCACUUUCUCCUCCCUAGCCGCAUGUUUGCAGUGCCAGGGGAGGUCAAGACCCCUUCAGGGGCAGCCCAUGUCCUUGGCGUCCACUGGACUGGAAAUCAUAACUUCUUUCUCUAUUCACUUAACCGAACUCUGAAAGAUAAAGUUGAUCCUGAAGGCGUGUGGCCCUGUGCUGCACCCAUCGUAGCCUCUGCUCUCAGCUUCUCCUGCUCCUUCCUGGUGCUGGCCUGCGAAGACGGUGUGCUCACACUGUGGGACCUGAAUGAAGGAUUCCCGUUUGGAGUUGUUGCUCUUCCGGAGGGAUGUUUCUGCGAAAGCAUUCACUUCCUAGAUUACUUUUUGGUCCAUGAAGGACACAACGUGUAUCCUGAGGUUCCGGUAAAAUCUAAAAUGAAAUGUGUGGUGCUGUGCACAGAUGCCUCCCUCCACCUGGUGACUGCCAGCGGGACCCAAGAGCCCACCAUCAGUGUGCUUGUUGAGAGGCCUGAGAAGUACCUCAAUGAAACCAUCUGUGCUGUGGCCCCGGUCCCCGUCUUACCUGGCAUGGUGCUCAUCUUCUCCCAGGAUGGCAUGGUGCGCCUCCUGGAUGUGGCCAAGGCCCAAAUCAUCUGUGCCUUUGCCUCACCCAGAUCCUACCACCUGGCAGCUAACUGGAAGCCCGUGUUUGCCGUGUCUUCAUACCAUCCAUGUUUUCUUCUUCGAGGAGACAAUCCACUUGAAAUCAAGUCUGUCAAAAAUGCUACAAAGAUCCAGAAUUCUGUUUUCCAUUUUGAUUUUGCGGCCUACCCACUCCUAGAAGAGCUCUCAAGAAAUGGCACCAGUUUUCAGAAUGACUUGAAAAGUAAAGCCUUCCCUCCGAGGCUGUCAUUGGAAAGGAGAUGCGAGAACUUUCUCCAGGAGAGGUUCCAGCUGACGAAGUUUGCAAUGAGGGAGCAGGAACAUUGGAGCCGGCUGCGGAAGUAUGCCUCGUUUCUGCAGAAGGACAGCUUCUUCGAGUGA